GAAAACAAACGUCAUUUAAAUUUGAGGUUAUGUUUAGAUUCGUAUAACCUCACUUUUUAUGUUUUGAGUAAAUUCCGAAUUUCCGACUAAACUUGACUGAAAAUGCUAAAAGUGAGUGACUACGAUGAUAGUUUUGACGAAGAAGACGACGAUAGUGGCAUUCUGAAGCAGGCUCUUCAUGUAGAAUUCCCCGACGAUUUUAACCCCGACAAGGUGCCCCAAACAGGUGAAGAAUAUCUGCAACAUGUUAUCUACGAACGAAAAAAGUACAAACAAUGGGUUACUGUUGACAUCGACCGCAGCAAAUUUAAAAACCAACAAACCCUCAAAGUAGAAGUGGGAAAUUCGAUCAAAAAAGCGCCUUCCAUGCUCAUACCCACGAGGGAGUGGCAAAUGGCCAAAGUAGAAGACUUCACGAAUUUUCGAAAAUUCAUCCACUUUAAAAUAACCAAAGAACUGACAGUUAAUUCUUUUAAUGAAGAGUCGUUUAUAGAGAAGACGCAGACCGAGUAUCCCGUUUUUUCUGAAGUCACUGUGUACACUCAAGCGGCCAAAAUGAGGAUGCUGUAUUUAAUUUCAAGACAUUUGGAAACGGUUCCAGUGGGGGCGAGUAUUGGAGAGAAAAUGGGGGCUUGGAUUUAUGCGAUUUUAACUCUGCUGGAGAAGCCUUUGAGCCCCGAUUUUUGUUACAGUUUGCGUGAGUUCGCCAAGAAGUGUUUGGUGAUACGGUCAAACCUGGAUGAAGAGGCCAGUGAAGAGUUGUAUAAUCCUCUGAAUUUGUUCAUAUGCAUUGUGGGUAGGUUUUACAACCAACUGGACUUGGCAGAUUCUUAAUUAUUACAAAUUAAGUAUAAAUGCAAGGUUGCCAUUCACCAUAGGCGGGGAUAAAAUUUGAACCAAAAGGGUCACUUUAAUAAAAUAUGUAUUGUGUGAAAUGUACAGUAUGAAAAAAAACAUAUGAAUAAAUUCGACAAUUUAAAUACCAAUAA